UGUCAAAGUCAGCCGAAAGCGGUAUUACUUCUCCACAACUGAACAACAAAAGAACGGUAAACGUUAGUCUGCCUCCUAAAAAAAAUCUUCUAAAAUCCGAGCCAUCAUAUAAUAUUUCGUUAUACUAAGUGCAGAAAACAGCAAUUAUUUUCUCAAGGACAAUGGCUGAAGCAGAUAAAUUGAAUAUAGAUAGUAUUAUAGCCCGUCUUUUAGAAGUACGUGGAGCGAGACCUGGUAAAAACGUACAACUCACUGAAACCGAAAUUAAAGGAUUAUGUCUGAAAUCCAGGGAAAUAUUCUUAUCUCAACCGAUAUUAUUGGAGUUGGAAGCCCCUUUGAAAAUAUGCGGAGAUAUCCAUGGUCAAUACUAUGACCUGCUUCGUUUGUUUGAAUAUGGAGGCUUUCCACCAGAGUCCAAUUAUUUAUUUUUGGGAGAUUAUGUUGAUCGUGGAAAGCAAUCUCUAGAAACUAUCUGCCUGUUGCUUGCAUAUAAAAUUAAAUAUCCUGAGAACUUCUUCUUAUUACGUGGUAACCAUGAAUGCGCCUCAAUUAACAGAAUCUAUGGAUUUUAUGAUGAGUGUAAGAGAAGGUACAACAUUAAACUCUGGAAAACAUUCACUGAUUGUUUCAACUGUCUUCCAGUAGCUGCUAUUGUAGAUGAAAAAAUCUUUUGCUGUCAUGGAGGCCUGAGUCCCGACUUACAGUCAAUGGAGCAAAUUCGGAGAAUAAUGAGACCCACAGAUGUUCCUGACCAGGGCCUACUCUGUGAUUUGCUGUGGUCAGAUCCAGAUAAGGAUCAAAAUGGCUGGGGUGAGAACGACAGAGGUGUUAGUUUCACCUUUGGAGCAGAGGUUGUGAGCAAAUUUCUACACAAGCAUGACUUUGAUCUCAUUUGUCGAGCGCAUCAAGUUGUGGAAGAUGGUUAUGAAUUUUUCGCUAAAAGGCAGUUGGUAACACUUUUCAGCGCACCUAAUUAUUGCGGAGAAUUUGACAAUGCUGGAGCAAUGAUGUCAGUGGAUGAUACGCUGAUGUGCAGUUUUCAGAUCUUAAAGCCUGCAGACAAGAGGAAAUUCCAGUACAACACAAACUCUGGCCGACCUACAACGCCACCUCGUGGUGCGACUAACAAAAACAAAAAGAAGUGAAUUCUGUCUAUUUAUGAACUAGGUAUAAGUAAUGUAAAAAGUUUUAUUCAAAGUUUUAAAUACUAAUAUUGCAUAAACACCCAGACAUGUUUGUCACACAGGAAAAUUUCCUUGCAUGUUCUUGAACUUUUUUAGUUGAUUCUGAAGAGAAUAUGUUUGUAUCAUCCAGUGAUAAUUUUGAAACUUUAAUCUAGGCUUAUCAUUCCAAAGAAAGUUCUCUUGAAGAAGAGAAUUGACAAAAUUGGUUUGGUCUUGUUACCAAAAAAAAAAAAUCAGAAACUCUGUUAUUAUUUUAAUAUAAAUUUGUAAUAUUAGUAUUUAAGGUCUAAAAACAAACACAGACAGUAAAUGAAUUAAAAAUUUGAAUGCGCUGUUAUAUUGUUUUGUGCAAGUUUAAAUUUUUUUUCUAGAUGACAAAAAUAUGAUAGUAUUCAAAUUUUGUGCCAUUUUAUUGAUUUUCAGAUGGUUGACCCCAAUCGAAAAGUUGCUUUUUUUUUUUUUCAAGAGUUGUUACAAUUCGUUUGGAAUAGACUACAGUUCCUUUAGAUUAGAUUCCACGUCUGUAUGUUAGUACCAUCGUGUUCACAAUGAAUAAAAUGGCAGAUCCUGUCUACAUCCUAUUAAGGCGAGUUUACAUUUCCCGUUGAAAUUAAUUGUUUGUAAUAUUGUUUUUUCUCAGAGGUAUAUUCUGAUUUUUUUGGUUGAUAGAAUUGAAGGGCCUGAGAAUGUGGCGGGUUUUGUUUUCAUUUUUCCCAUUUCAUCUGUUUGUCAUUUUCCUUGAAGAAAAUCAAUAUUGGUGUUUAUUCACAUUUUACAAGAAUUUUUUGUAUAUAUGCGUUCAUAAUAUGAUUAUUUCGCAUUGGUCAAAUAAAUUUUAUCAUUUCAUCCAUU